CUCAGUUACCUACCCGUCCUGGAUACUUCAGUUUCACUGUUGAGAAACAUCAACAUAGUAACCCGGGAAAGGAAACCUUAGAAGCGGGUAGCGACCUUUCCUUCUGUUAAUCUCAAGGCUGACGUGGAUAUUUUGUUGCCCGGACAAACACUGAGUCAACAACAAUGGGUGCAUGUCGCUAGAAAAAGUUGCUAGCUAACAUUCGUUUGCUAACGUUAGCUGCUAACGCUAACGUUAGCAAACAGACAGCUGAAACUGAAGUCUGGAGAAGUUAGGAUUUUCUUAUCAUGAACGUCAGCAUGAAUGUGGACAUCUAGUUAAACACGUCGGGUCGUUUCCCUAAAGGUGAAUGAGAGAGAUGAGGAGCAGCAGGAGGACUGAGUUGUCUCUUAAAAGCUCUGGCCAGCAGCUUACCGAUCACAAUAUUGGUACAGAGCUGACAACUACAUGGAAAAGUUUGUCUCAGUCCAAAGCUGCUUUGCGGCAUAUAGAAAACCGCCUAGAGGCAGCUCCAGGGACAGGCGUUCUCCUGGACUCUGUCAUGGACCUUCCCAAGAAGAAAUCCUCCAGGGCGAUCCGCUGCAGGGAUGGACAACAAGCAGAUGACAGUAGAGGGUCUUCAAAGCGCAGGGGGCGAAGUCAGCAGAGUCCAGACAAGAGCAGCUCACGCAGCCCACUGAGAAAUGCCACCCAGGACAGCAAUGUCCGGAGGAACAACAGCGUGGAGUUCAGGGAACCACUCGUGUCCUACAGAGAGGCCACCCCUCCACCUCAUCCCUCCUCUCAGCUGGAGGCCUACAGUCUGCAGUCAGUGCCAGGGUCUUCGUACCCAUCCUCUCCGCCUCCCUCAGAUCCUCUGCUCAGCCAGCUGGUCUACCAGAGAGACACCAGGGACAAACAGGCAGACACGGACCUGGACAGCACACACUCCUCGGCUCUGGAGAACACCGAGGUACGCUACCUCAAUGACCAGCCAGCCCUGGACACCCUAAGGACUAUUGGAAACCAGUCACAUCUCACAGAUGUAAGAGUUCAUGCAUGUCAGAGGGCUGAGGAGAAAAGCACUCUAAAAGCACAACUUGGCAUGGAUAGCCAUGAGUCAAGCCCAUGCUUAGCUCCAGCUCCAGGCUCCAUAUGCCAAGGGGAGAGCACUCCCUCCACCAGCCCUGGUUCAGCUUCUCAACGGUUGGAGAACCUAAGGCGACAUCAGCCUGAUGAUAAGCUGGAGAAGCUCAAAGAGCGUAUUCGAAGGCAGAGACAACAUCUGGAGGAGGCUGCAGAGAAAGAAAAGCUGCUUGGUUAUCUGGAACAGCCCAUUAUGGAAGCUGUGGGGAGUAACAAUGCUGGUACUAGCAACAUGCCCACAGCCAUCAUACGGAAAAUAGCAGCUGCACCGCCUGCGCCUAUAUACAAAGGUUUCAACAGUACUGAGACAAAGAUCCAGACUCCCGAUGGAAGAGUUUGGAAGGAAGAAGAGUUUCACAACCUCAGCAAAGAAAUAUACAGUGACUUGUCACGACAGUUUGCUGAGAGCACCAGAUCUAGACAUCAGCAGCAAAGGGAACAGAGAGCGGACAGGUCGAAAGAGAGGAGGCCUUCCAAACCAGUCAGGAAAGUUCACAGAGCUGCCCCUUCUACUGACCUAAUUGCAAAACCAGUGAUUAGCCCUGCAUCAUGGCGGGAUGGCCAGAAGCUGGUAAAGAUGGUACUGGGUCCAGUUCCCAAGCUGCCCAGGGAGGAGGACAGACCCCGGCCAGCUAACAGACUGAGCAGUACAGCUUCCCGUCACCGUUCCAGUUCAGACCCACGCUCAGAACCAAACCCACAGCCUCACCCUAACUGCACAGAAAUACCUCGUAGUGGAUUUAAAUCCAAAAAGCACUCCGCAUCCGCAUCUCCCCCCUCAUCUACAGAUCGGGACCAGGCCCCAGUGGGUGUCAGCACAGACUUGUUGUCAGCAGACAUCAAGGGGAUACUUGAUGAUCUUCAGCUGGAGUGCAAAGCCGCUGAGAGCGAAGAGAGGGCCCGGCAAAGGUCCCGGUGUGGGAGCAGUGCUAGGAGAGGGAGAGGGGGAUCAGGGUCACGAAAAAGAACUCCGGUCUCUGUUUGGGGAACCACUGUGACAAAGGGUAGCUCCUCAAGAGGCUGCCGCAGCGCCAGCCCCACCACACACCGACCAGAAACUGCAGACUCUGGGCACAAAAAGCGGCACUAUGAUGCAGACACCGUUCGCCAGUACAUUUCCAGGCAACAAGAGGAGAGAAAGAGGCGUCAAGCAGAAGAGAAGAGGGCACUUAAGGAGGAGGCAGAAAAGAGAAAUCAGAGAUUGCAGGAGCUCUACAGGAAGCAAAGAGAAGUAGCUAAAACAGUGGCCCUUCCCAGCGAGGCGCCUGUGGCCCCAGUACAAAAACGACUACAGGAAACCUACAACAAACUGCUGUUGGAGGAAGCCGAGCUGGGCCAGGAGGCCACACAGAUGCUACCUGCUGCCUCUUCUAGUCAAAUGAGAUCGAUGUACCAGCCCUCAGGAGAGUCGGACAAAGAGAACAGAAGACUAGGGGCACCUCAGAGCCCCUCGAGCAGUGAUAGGUCUUUGAAUGAUCAGCCAUCUCCUCCAUUAUCCAGGAAUGAUCUAAAUAUUGGGGUUACCUCUUUGCUUCAGCCUGACCGUCUGAGCCCAGCUGCUCGAACAAUGACUGGUCCCAGCAGCAGUGAGCUAGCCCCUUUUGGUGACCGUCUACUCUCUCACCUUCUUAGGCUGGAGACUGGGGUUGCUGCCAGUGAUGUCAAGCACACCCAGCAGACAGCCGCAGCAUCUUCCAACAAGCCGCUGUCAAAGAUGUCCCGCAUUGAGGCCCUCAAGGCCACAGCCACAUCCCUCUCCAACCGUAUAGAGAGUGAAGUACGAAAGAUUGCUUGGGAGGGGGUCAACUAUGGUACAGAAACUUCAAUGGACGUAGAUAAAAUUAGGCCCUCUCAAGCUAAUCUUAAUGAUGGAUGCUGGGCAGAAACAGCUGCCACAGAAAAUGAUGACGUUGCAUUGAGGAUCCAGAAAAUUUUGACUAGCAUAGGUCAUAGUUCAUAUAAUGGCACAGCUCUUCCAGGAGUAGGCAAUCUGCACCCCCUCAGGGGACACAAAGAAAACAAGGGUACACACACCAAUUUGACCUAUCCACAAACAACUUCUGUUGAUGUAACAGGGCCCAUUCUCAACAGUUAUACACAUGAAAGGAGGAAGCUAGUCAAUGGUUUGGAAAAGGAUAAGAAUCGGACAGAACUCCAUGACUCAAGUGCCGGUUCCAUCAGUGAGGGUCCUCUUCUGAGUGAAGGGAGUUUUUCUGAGGAUGAUGCAAGCCCUCCUCACCCUUCCAACAAUCGUGUGCCUGUAUUGGCAGAUCGCCUGGAGGCAGUGGACUACUGCGCAGGUCAAAGAAGGGAUUACCAGCGGUUGUCAGAGUUCCAGAGGGAGGCAGCAAUGUGCUCGGCCCUCAGCCCUCCCUGUGCACAGCAUGAUGGCAGCAAAGCAGCCUGGGAGGAGCUGAACAAAGGAAGCCCUUUAAGCGUUAUCAACAUUUUUACUAAGAAUAUUCAUGGCCAUGUUCCAGCGAGUGAGAGGAACCCUCCCUCUACCCAUUCUAUACACUCUGGGAAUGGCCCCGUAGACGCAGCCAUCUAUGAAGAUGACUUUGUGUCAUCACGUAGCAGCAGAGCCAGUGGCCAGUUAAGGAGAAGCUCCAAUUCACGCAGUGUGAACAGUCAUUUUGAGGAGCUGAUGAGGAGGUCUCCUUAUGACAAAAGUACAGGAGGCAUCAGUUCUCACCAUUCAUCCUUUCAGUCAUCUAGUCACUCACCGCAUCUUUCCCCUGGUUCAACAUCUGGCUCCUCACCCUUCUCCAAGCGCUCUACCAGGAAAAGAGGCACAGCAUCAGACCAGAGUGAUGCCACCCUGGUAGAAGAGCAAAGGAGCUCUUGCACACCUCCCUCAGAGGCAUUAUCCUCUGACUCCAGGAAAAGGGGCUCAGACAAAAGUUCCAUCCACAGCCAGGCGAAGAGUGUCCACUCUAAUGACACUAUAGAGGAAACGUCAGGGCUUUCUCACCUAAGUUUGGGACUUGACAGUAAGAAGUCUACAGCAGCCAGGCCCAAACAGUCUUCUUCGUGUGGCUCUCUAUACCCUGGUUCCAUAUCUCCAGGAGCAGACUGUCCCAGUGAGCCUGGGAGAAGUGGCUCUCUGGGGGCAAAUUAUCCCAACACAGGCACCACAGCUCGCAGUGGUAGAGCAGAGACCAAGACCACCGGUGAACUACAAUAUUCACCUGCUGUCUUGCAGCAGCGUAUGGCGGUAGAGCUUCAGUACCUGGAGUCCAUUGAGGAGUCAGUCCGACAGCUGGGCGACGUGGAGAGGGUGAUGGGUGUGUCCAUAGCUCAACAGGAGAGCGUGUCAUUGGCUCAGAUGCUCAAGGCCAGGCAGGAGUGCCAUGCGCGUGAUCUCUACGAGCUGAAGAUCAAGGCUGAAAGGGAAGCCCUGGAGACACAGCUACAGCUGGAGGAAAACAGGCAGAGAGUGGCCAGGGCUCAUAUAGAACUGCAGGAUAACUUGGCUGCAAAUCAAAAAGAGACCUUGGAGGGCCUCCAGGAGGCAACUACGAAGAUGAUGAGUCAACAGGCUGAGGCAGCACGGUACACAGCCGACACUGCCCGACACAUCAAAGAGAUGACGGAAUUGGCACGGUCCCAGAUAGCAGGAGCUUUGGUUGCCCCCCCUGCUGUUUCUGAUUCCUCCAUUUUGGACAAGCGGGAAGAACAGCAGAGAUCCUAUUUGAAACAGCUACAGGAAAAAAAUGACUCUGACAGCUUCCCUAGUGAGGUAUCAAGCAGAAGGACCAGGCCAGAGGAACCGCUGUCUUCGCUGAACAGCCUCAGCCACUCUGACUCUCUAUCCUUCAGAAGACCCAACCUCAGUGGAGCGGACUCUAGCAGCCACCAUAGUCCGUCACGUGCCUCGACAGACCCCAGAGAACGGACAAAAAAAGAAGCAGUAGAGGGGAAAUUGAGGAAGGGGGAAGCUAAAGAGAGGACGGAGAGGGAAGCAGGCAGCAGCUCCAUAGACGAGGAAGUUAUUACAGCAGCGAAUGAUUCCCUCUGCAGUGACAGCAUCCCCUCUGCAGUAGAUGAGAAAGGAGACAGUACGUCAGUGGCAACUGAGUACUCUCUCAAGUUUGAUGAGUCCAUGACAGAAGAUGAGAUAGAAGAGCGCUCCUUCCGCUCUCUGCUGCCGUCUGAGGCUCACCGCCGUGGAACCAUGGAGAAGAAGUCCCGCCACCAUGAGGAAUCGGAUGAUGGAGCCAGUCACAACACAACAUUGGUUUCAGGGGCACAGAAUAUCUUAAAGUCUCAGGAUGCAAACAUGGCCUUUUCUAGUGGACAGGAUAGCUUUUCCCAGUUCACAAUGGACAUGGUGCGUCAGUACAUGAAGGACGAGGAGGUGAGACUGCAGCACCAGAGCUCUCUGCUGCAUCUUCGCCAGAAAGCUGUCAAAGAGAAGACCAGAACUGAGCUAGCCUGGCUAGAGCACCAGAAAAAGAGGCUGAGGGACAAGGGAGAGGAUGACAAAAUGCCACCCAUCAGGAAGAAGCAGAGGGGCCUUCUGAUGAAACUACAGCAGGAACAGGCUGAGAUCAAGCGACUUCAGGAGGCCAACAGAGCAGCCAGGAAGGAAAGGCAGCUGUUGCUGAAGCAGCAGGAGGAGAUUGAGCGGAUGAGAAACUCUACAUUCAGACUUAAGGAGCGUCUCAAGUGUGCUGGGGGUGAAGCGCCACCUGAGACUCCUGUGUCAGAAACCCCUGUGUCCGAGGCAGCCUCUUCCAAUAUGAGACAUGCUGAAGAUAUCCGCAGCCCCUCUCCCUCGCUCUCCGUCUCUGGAAGUGAGACCAGCAGCAUCAUGCAGAAGCUCAAGAAGAUGCGCUCUCACAUGGAUGAAAAACACUGUUCUCCUGUCCACUACUUCUUCUCUGUGUUCACGGCCCAUCACUGGGCCUCCCUCAGUGUCUGUCUUCCCAACCUUCACCCUAAAUUCCAGCUCUUUAUCUACAACCAGUUGGUCAGGUUUCUGACAAAGCGGGAGCAGCAGCUUAUGCAAAGGCGUCACCAUGCUGAAGAGCUGCUGCAAUGGAAACAGCGUCUGGACCAGGAGGAGGCAGAGGUCCGUCGGAUGGAAAAGGAGGCCCUGGCUGUUUGGGACAGACAAACACCUCGGGACAUGGCAAAGGGUCAGGAAAAGGAGAUCCCUGACAUUAGCCCCAGCCCCAGUCACCAUCGAAGCUCAGAGCCCAAAACUGACAGUGAGAAAGACUAUGUGAGUGAAGGCGACUGUUCCCCAGCGACACCUGAGUCCAGUAUACACACAGAGGGACUGGGGUCCCAGCAACCUGAAAGCCCAUCUUCAGUACAACCUGCAUCAAUCCCUGAAACACCUUUGGCCUCUGUGCAGAGUAGCCCUGCAAAUUACACCCAGGACUUUACUUCCGCUUCCCAGUCACCUAGCAAACAAUCUUUCCAGUCUCUACUUAAAGGCAGCCACAGCUCUGCUGCCUCUCCUUCAGAUAGAAGCAGCAAAACCAAGAUGCAGCUUUCCUCUUCCCGGACCGCCAACCAUGCCCUCACUCAGCCAACUGAAUCCCCCAUGCUCAUACAGACUGAACCCAUUUCAGACCAGAGUGACAUAGAGAGCCGUAUCAAGGCCCUGAAAGAAGAACUCAGAAAGCGAAAAUAUAUGGCCUACCAGUUGAAGAAAGAGCAGAAGAAAAGGAACAAGGAGCGCCUGAAGGCACAGGAGGCCAGCCUACUGAAGCAACUGGAGAGCUAUAACAACUUCAUUGAGAAAACUAAGGCAGAACUGAACAAGGAGCCAGACUCCACACCUGAUACGCAGUCCCAGAUCAAAGAUACCACCUCAGUCGCAGAGCAGUCCAGUAUUAAACCACCUGCUCACUGGUCAGACACCAGCAAAAUCUCUGAAUCUGAAAGGGCGCAAAAUGAUGCUUCAUUAGAUUGCAAUGCCCUUCCUCAACCUGAUCUUAGUAAAUCCACCUCAGUGCCUGAAGAAUUGUCUGAUGAAGACGACGCACCAACAGUCACCACAUCCCCAGUUUAUGACAGCCCUGAGUGUCCGCCCUCAGGGCCGAGGAGCUGCCUGGCCAGAGUGGGUCUUUUAAGACCUUCUUCUAAGGAAGCCCAGGCACAGAUAGAUGAGUCUGGGGAUGAGAACAUUGUGUCUUAUCAAAGAUCUGACAUUCAGGAAGAACUGAAGAUAGAAGUAAGCUCCACAUUUGAGGAUCAACAUUCUGAACGUCUUCUGAAACUAGAAAAAGAUGACAGACUCGACUUCCAAGAGAAGCUGUCUGCAUCUAAACAUGUUUCUUCUUCCAUGAGUGAAGAACAUCGAUAUUCACCAACUGUUAGCCUAGAACAAGAUACAGAAAUAAAGAAAAGGGAAACAUCUGAAGCUGAGGAAGCUGAAAAAUCUAUUGUUAUUUCCUCUAGUAAGUCACAUUCAGUUGCAAUGGACCUCAAAACGUCACCUCCUUUAAGCUAUAGAUCUGCAGCCAGUGAGCAUGACAUGGUGGCCUUGUCUUCAAAGAAGGGGGCACCAAUAAAGGAUGUCAAGGUCUCUUCUCCCAUAGCAGAUGGUUAUCAUGAGGACUUUGAGUCUUCAGCGGAUUCUUCCCCCAGGGAGGAACAUCAUAGUUCCAAGCCUGCCUCUCAAAUCUCAGUUGCCCCUACUGAGAUCAAGGGUUUGAGAAAGGACUCCCCAAGCAGAGCCACGCCGUAUGACAGCCAGGAUGAAGAGGUAGACGAGGAAAUAUCUGAAGAACUGAGUCACCAUUUAGGGACUAGUGGAGCUAGCUGCCAAUCUGGGAGGCUGCUUGAUCUUCAUAACCACACAGAAGACUCCAAACAUGACAUCAAGGAUAUUAUUCAUUCCAGCCGCUCACCACCCAUCUCUCCUUUGCAUACCCCUAUCUCUCCAGUUAUAGAUGAAAUGCCAAGUUUUAGCAUCGGGGAUCGUGUUCUUGUUGGUAGUGUUCAGCCUGGCACUCUGAGAUUUAAAGGUCCAACAAGCUUUGCUAAUGGUUUCUGGGCUGGUGUAGAGUUGGAUAAGUCUGAGGGGAGCAACAAUGGCACUUAUGAUGGGGUAGUAUACUUCAGGUGUGAUGAGAGCCACGGUAUCUUUGCUCCUCCAGACAAGAUCACACACCUACCAGCCAAGUUUGAGAUUUACACAGACACCACUGAGGAUGAGGACUCAUUCUGUGAUGGUCUGUCAGAUAAAGAUGGGGAACAACGUAAAACAGAUGAGCACCAAUCCCAAAAGCAAGGAAAUCUGAAGAGUGAAAAUGAUCAAACAUCUAAUGAGAUCAAUGAGUCUGGAGAUAAAAAGGUAACAGAGUCUGUUCACAAGAUUGGAUCCCACCUCAAUUUACAGCAAUACAAAGAAUCUAAGCAUCCCAUUUCUAAUGGCAACACUAGGGACGUAAUGUUAAAUUUCGAAAAUGCACCAACCACCCUCCUCAUCUCCGACGAGGACAAGAUUGACCAGGGCAAGCAGAGUCGGAAGGAGAUUACUGCCCUUGUUGAGAGAGUAGAGGUAGACUCACACCAGUUUGGUCCUGCUGAUCUUUCCACUGAUAUCAGGAAUGAUAAGGGAGAACAGAAGGACAGAGACUUACUGGACACAUUUGCAGACAAGCUCCUCAACAACUUUGUAAAAGACACUUUGACACAGCUUGCUGAAAUUAAAAAGGCUAAAGAGCAGAAAAUAGAAGCUGCCAACCAGAUGAAUGGAUACCUGAUUAGUGAAAAUGUUGAACAAGAAGAAUGGUUCUCUUCAGUGCAACAAAAAGAUGGUCUACCCUACUUCCUACCUGCGGAAAAAGAGGAGCUGUCUUCUCCAGAGCUGUGUAACCAACCGGAGAGUCCGGUGUUGGGGGCCAGGGGUCAGGAGGAGCUCGCCAAACGACUGGCAGAGCUGGAACUUAGCCGUGAACUGCUAGAUGAGCUGGGUGAAGAUCAGGACUGGUUUGAUGAGGACUUUGGCCUUAGCUCCCGUAGAGAACAGCAGAGACUCAAACAGAGAGAGGAGGAGGUGAGGCUGGGGAGGUCUGGCUUAUCAGCUGGACUAGCCCUGGGGGAGCUGGCCUCAUCAGGUGGGGAACAUCAGGUUAAGACUCCACCUAGACCGGAGCUACCUCUCCCCCUGCCUCCAAAACUACCUGAGCAGCCUGCCAUGGUGGUGCCCCACUCAGCCACAGAAGUUGAGAAGAUGGUCUAUGCUGCGACUAAGGAGAUCUGGGAGAGCUGCUGUCUGGGGAAGGAGGGAGCACUGAUCCUUGCACAACUGCCAAACCCCAAACCUUCACAAGAGUAUCUGGGUAUAGAGGCCAGGAGCCAGGACCAGGAGGCCCUCUGCGUUCGGAGCUACCGAAAGGCUGUGUACGACCUGACUUGGGAGAUGCUUCAGGAGAUCUAUGCUGAGGACCCUAACGCAGAUCAGCCUCAGUGGGUCAAACCACGUCGAGUCAAGUCCUCCUUUUCCCACAGAGUAAAGACACCAGGAGACCUCACCAAAAUCCAGGAAUUCAUCUCAGCAGAAGUACUGAAACUGUACGGUCUGACAAAAGAUCAUAGCCAGAAGACUGACUGGCAGAAGAUGCUCAAAUUUGGAAAAAAGAAGCGAGACAGAGUCGAUCACAUUCUGGUUCAGGAACUCCAUGAGGAGGAAGCCCAGUGGGUCAACUAUGAUGAGGACGAGCUGUUUGUGAAGAUGCAGCUUGCAGACAGCAUCUUUGAUGCUUUGCUGAAGGACACUGCAAACGUGCUGACGCUAAUCUAUGAUAAGAAGGCCAAAAGAGAAAACGCCCUCUCCUGACAGCUUUUCUGCUUAGAUUUUUAAACUACAACUUCUAGCUCAAUCCCAGUCUUUCCCCACCCCCGUGAACUACAGCCGACCAACGGAUGUGCCAACAGCAACCCUCAGAUGCCUUCAGUCCCAGCAUUACCUCUCAGCCAAACAACUCCUUUUUUUCCUGUGACAUUAAUUUGCUGGAUAUGGCUUCAGCUAGUGGUUAGGUAAUUUGUUCUACACACGCCUCUUGAGCAAUCCAGCCUUCUUAAACCUUAACACCACCGAGUCUCAGAUCAAAAUACGUUGUUAUAUUUUGUUUAGGCAAAGGCUAAACAGUGUGUUGGUUUCGUUAUCCAGUUCCUUGAAAUUAAACAGUGACUAUUAGGUUAAACUUGUAGGUGUAAUUUGAGGGGUUUUACAUCCAUACUGGGGGAUUAGUGAUCAUCCCCCUUGUUAAUGGGUCUGUAAGCCUACCUUAAAUUUAAAACUGGCAGAAGUCUUUGACCCACAGACAUUGCAACGAUCCUCACUUCUUGCUUGUUUCUGAGACCUUUUGCUUGAAGUCUGGUCUCUAGCAAGUACAACACAUGCUCAGCCAGUCAUUGUUUGGCCCUAAAAACUCCUUGUUUGCUUGGCCUCAUGCAUUGGCUUUAAAUUGGGGUAACAUGUAUGCAAAAACAAAAGAUGCUAGUCAGCACUUUAACUUUAUAGUCAUUGUUGAGUUUUAAAUCCAAAGUGCUGGGGGAGCAAUAAAACAAUAAAAAUUUGUCACAUAUUAAAUAUUGUCAGGCUGUGCUGUAGUGGAGCAUCACUAAGAUCAGAUAUUGUAUGAAACAUUUUGUCUCCAUAAUUAUAUUAUUUAUUGCGUAAAAAUGUUUGAUUAGAGGAGUAAGUAACAUUUUGAAUUGUAAAUGAUUGUGUCAACAUAUAUAAAGAACAGAUUUUAACAUCUAAUGAAAUUGUAAAAAAGCACCUAGAGAAAUGGGAAUGUGAACACAGCAAUAUAUUAUGUAGGAGGUUGAAAGAAUACUAUUGAACCAGAAAAAGAACAUGGGGAGAAAACUGUUUUAAUAUUUAAACAUGGUAGUGUAAAUGAUUAAUUUAAAGUGUUCUGUAUGACUUUUAUUGUGGCCUCAACUGUGCAGCUGUUUAACACAGUCACUGUGUCCCACUUUCGUACUACAUAUACACUGUUUACUAAUGUUAAUAGCUUGAAAACAUCUCAUACAACCAGCACAACAACACCUAUCCUGUAAGUGGGACGCAAAAGACUGGCAGUAGGCCUGACUUGAUAUUUUGUUAAUCAUAACAUAAGACAGAACUGAAAUGCUGGAUAUCCUACAGUCCAUUUACCGUCUAUGACCUGAGAGAAAACACCUGUAGUUGUUUUUUUUUUUUUUCAUCAGUUGUCCUGGUAAAGUUUGCCAGCUGAACAUUUGCCCAAAAAACAUCCGAGUCGUGCAGCAGCAUGAUUAUAUUCUUCUCUUGCUGCUGUGAAUAAUUCUGAUUUAUAGCAUUCAGCAAGUUCAAACCAACCAUCAGAAUGUAGCCUGUCGCUGUAGUGAGACAACAGUGGGAAGUCUUCUCAACAUUCAGUUUAAGUGCCUCUUUAAGUUGAGAUGUAGAUUCAUAACAAACUUUGCUGAUGUCUCAACAUCCUUUGGACCUAUUUUCUUUGAAUGUCUCGUUCCACUGCUGUAUACUAGCAGCGUUUUCUAAAUGAUCCUUAAACGGCUGCUCUUCUUACCAUUUUGGCAAUACUUAAUUUUCUGCCUUAUCAAUCUUUCUGUAUUGAAGCAUAGUUGAGGAAGGUUUUUUUGUUGUUUUUUUAACCUCAUUUUUCAGAUUUUUCUCAUUUGCUUGAGGAAAUGAGGACUCAAUCUAAAUGUUACCUGCUGUCUACAUCACACCUCCAUCUGUGCAAAUAGACACAGUUGAGUCAUUUUUAUAAAUAAUGAACUGUAUCAGGAACUAGAUUGUUGACACAAACGCACGCAGUGCGAGUCAUAGAGCUAAUGAGACUGAGCACGUAGGACUGUAUCCAAGGGUUUAUGUUGGACCUCGCUGUCUGCUUUGAUCCAAGAAACUACAAACUCAUGGCAUGUGUGACGACCGAGCUUCUUAAUUUUCACUGACUGAAGCUAAAGUGACCUUAAACUGAGUCUUUUUUUCUAUUGUCAAUGUUUUUAAAAGAUGCUGUGUACGUUCAAACUGUAAAUUAUAUAAUGUAGAAAAAGACCAAAAACAUUUGACUCCAACUUGUCCAUGCUGUAUGACUUGUAUGUCUGCUCUGUAGGCAUUUGUAACUAAUGUUGACAUAAGUACUUUAGAAAGACAAGGCUGUAUUACAAACCCUCUAGCAUUGUUCUCUUGAAUUGAUUGUAUGUGGGAGGAAGUCAAGUUCCCUUCUGUAACUAUGCAGUACUUGGUCUUAUGCAUUGCUUUAUAGGUAUGGACCAAACAGGUUGGACUUUUUCUGUAGUCUUUAGAUAAACUUAAUCAUCAAGAAGCUGUUUGGUUCAGGGUAGCGUUGCUUUCUAUCUGCUGGUAUGAGGUCAGUUUUCUUCACAGGGAGAUACAUUCACCUUUAAUAGAGUUUGAUCUGGUUAACUGAAUUAUAAAGGAAGGCACAACAUUUGAUUAUCAAAUUAAUCUAGUCGGACUAGAUUUGCCAUUUCAUCUUUUGAAAUGUUUAUGGAUAUUUAUAAUAAUGUGUCGUGAGUGCGCCAAGUGCACUUGAAGACUUGUACAAUUCUUUUAUGGGUGUAAAUAUACUGUCUAUCCUAUCUGACCCACGGUUACUGUAACCUGAACGAUUGUUGUAAAAUAAACACUGUUUACUUUGCAAAUAUGUGCAAAUUAUAUAUUUGUUAACAUUAAAUGACCUUUGAAAUUGUAAAUAAAGCUUUCAUUGUUUCUAAAGGAA